ACUGCAAAAAAAAAAAAGAAGACAUGAAGUACUCUGUUUUUCUGGUUCCAUGAAAAUGGUGAUAUCUGUUUCUCGAAUAGUAACCUGGUAGUUAUUAUUAUAAUUGACAUUUUAAAAAUUUGCUCUGAAUUUUUUUGAGGGGAGAAACUACUUUAAAUUUUUUUUUUACAGCAAGCUGUAAUUUACAUAGGCUAAAAUACACAACUUUAAAGUGUACGGCUCCAUUACAUAUGAAUAUACUGCUCUGAUCAUUACCAAAAGGAAGAAUAUAUCCAUCACCCCAAAAAGUUAUUAUUGUCCCUUUCUAGUCAUAACCACUCGCUACACCACCCCUGAAAAACCAAUACAGUAAGUCCCCUACAUACGAACCUUCAAGUUGCGAACUUUCAAAGAUGCAAACACGUUUGCAUGUCCAAUCAUGUAAGUUAGUUCACGUAUCUGGUGUACAUUGUCACAUGGUGCAUCAUGUACAAGUGGUUGUGCUUUUGUGUUCUUUACUGUACAGUACUGUAUAGAGUACAGUAGUACAGAAUCUUUAUUUCAAGCCCAGGAUGUCCAGAAGCCAGCAUGAAAGCAGUGGUGAUGUAGCUGAUACUACUGUACUUUUCAAGGUACUGUACUAUAAGGUUUAAAAUGUUUUAUUUUUUGUUUUUAUUUGUUUUUUUAUGUAUUGUUUGUGUGAAAAGUAUUAUAAACCUAUUACAGCACAGUACUGUAUAGCCAGUUGUUUUAGUUGGGUACCUAGGCUAACUUUGUUGGACUUGGGAACAGACUGGACUUACAAAAGCGCUCUCGGAACAGAACUCGUCAUAUGUAGGGGACUUACUGUAAUCUUUCCCUAGAUUAGUUUUGAUUGUUCUUGAACUUUAUUUACAAACAAUCAUACAGUCAUGCAGCAUGUAUUCAUUUGUAUUUGACUUCUUUUGGUCAUCCAUUUUGGGAGUGUAUCAGUAGUUUGUUUUAUAUUUGUUUUCGUUUUUUUAAUUGCUGAGAAUAUUCCAUUGUAUGAAUAUUUAAAUCACACUUUAAAAAAAUCUGUUCUGCUAUUAUAGAUGUUUGUGGCUUUUUUUAUUUCUCCCUGUUUUAGCUUUUAUAAAGCUGCUGUGAACAUUCUUGUGUUGUUUUUUGUUUUGUUUUUGUUUUUUGCGGUACGUGGGCCUCUCACUGUUGUGGCCUCUCCCGUUGCGGAGCACAGGCUCCAGAUGCGCAGGCUCAGCGGCCAUGGCUCAGGGGCCCAGCUGCUCCGCGGCAUGUGGGAUCUUCCCGGACCGGGGCACGAACCCACUUCCCCUGCAUCAGCAGGUGGACUCUCAACCACUGCGCCACCAGGGAAGCCCUCUUGUGUAUAUGAUAACAGGUGCUAUGGUCUGACUGUGUCCCUUAAAUUUCAUGUUGAAACCUAACCACUAUACCAAGGUGAUAGGGAGGUGAUUAGGCCAUGAGGGCAGAACCCUCAUGCUUGGGUUAGCAUCAUUAUAAAAGAGUCUCGGGAAAGAUCCUCCCCACCUUCCACCAUGUGAGGAUACAACUAGAAGUCGGCAGUGUGUAGCCCAGAAGAGGGCCUUCACCAGAGCCCAGCUGUGUGGCACUCUGAUCUUAGACUACUAGCCUCCAGAAUUGUGAGCAAUAAAAUUCUGCUGUUUAUAAGCCAUCCAGUCUGUGGUGUUUUGUUAUAGAAACCCAGGCACACUAAGACAGUGCAAUCUUUUAUUCAGUUAUUCUUCUAUUGGUAGGCAUUUAUUUUGUUUCAAGUUUUUAGCCUCUAAAUAGUGUUUACUAAACAAUCUUACACAUGUUCUAAAUCUUUGACUUUUAUUGAAUAGUCUCAGUAGUGUGAUUGUUGGAUCAAAGGGUAAUAUGUUUUUUAAACUUGUUAUUUAAUUUUUGUAUUUAAUUUACUUAUGUCCAGAUUGCCUCUGUGAAAGGCCAUAUAUGACAGUUCACAGUUCCACCAGCAAUGUAGGAACGUACCUAUUAACACAUAUCCCAAACAGUAUUAGUUAUCAGUGUAAGUUUUGCUGUCAGUGGAUGUAAGUGAUGCCAGUAUGUCUUUAGUUUGCAGUUCCCUGACCACAAAUAAAUUUGAGCGAUUUGCUCUUCCAUCUCUUUAUAUUCUUUGUAUAUUUUUCUAUUAACUUUAAGAUGUCAGUUUCUAAGUACCUUAUAUAAUUAUAUUCUUUGUAGCUUCAUUAUAAAUAUCUUUCUAGAAUUUUAGAUUUAUAUUAACUUUAUGGUUUCAUGCCAUACGAAACACUUUCAAUUUUUAUGUAGAAAAUUGCAUCUUGGUUAAGAUCUCUCCUACCUCUAGAUUUUGUAAAUAUACUUUCCAACGUUUCCUUGUGAUUUUUAUUGUACGUGUUAUAUUUUUAUGUCUUUAAUCCAUCUGGAAUUUAUUUUUGUACAUGGCAUAUGAUAGCAGUCCAAUUUUACUUUCUCCCAGAUGGAUAACCAGUUGUGCUACUUCUAUUUUCCUACUGAGUAGAACUGCCACGUUUGUUAUAUCUUAAAUUCUCAUAUAUGCUGGGAUUGAUUUCUAGCUUGUUCUAUUUAUUUAUUUUUGUGUAUUCCUAUACCAAUACUGUUUUGGUUAAAGAGGCUCUGAGUUAUGUUCUAAUAUCCAGUAAAGCAAGUCUUUUUUUCACUGUUUCCUGUUUCAUAUUUUUCUUAUCUAUUUUUGCAUAUUUAAUCUUCCAUAUAAACUUUAAAGUCAUUUUCUCCAGUCUCACCAUUAUCCUGAAAAGUUAUAUAAGGAUUCUAGUUUGAAUUACAUUUAAUUCACAUAUUAAUUUAGGUUAUAAGAUACAUUGUUAUAAUGUCUUUACAUCUGAGAAUAUGGUAUGCCUUUCCACUUGUCAAGGUCUUAUGUCUGUUGAAGACUUCAGAGUUGCCUUCAUAUAUGUCUUGUUCCUCUUUUGUUAAAUUUAUUCCUAAGAAUUAUCUUAGAGUGUUGUCGCUAUAGCAAAUGGAAUAUUUUUUUUCUGAUUUCCAUUUCUAAGUAGCUAAUUGCUACAACAGAGAAUAGACAUUAAUUUUUUCUAAUUCUCUAUCCAUCUACCUCUUGAUAUUUUGAUUAAUCCUCCUAAUUUUAUACUAGCAUCUUUUAAGAUUUUCUGGUAUAUGAUAAUAGCAGCAAAAACAGUUUCACUUCUUUUUUCACUGUUUAUGCAGGCUACUAAAUUUUCUUGUUUUUAUAUUUGAUAGAAGCUUUAAGACAGUGUUUAAUGAUGGUGGUGAUAGCAUCCCUAUUGAGUUCCUGAUUUUAAUUAAAAUGGUCUUAGUGAUUCAGACUUCUGGAAAGCAUGCUAUUCAGUUGUGGGGGUUUUUUGGUAAUACUUUUUAUUUUAUUUAAGUGAUUUUAUUCUAUCUCAGGCUUUGAUUUUUUUUAUUAGGAAUGUCUACUGAAAUUUUAUGAAGGACUUUUUCAGCACUUAAUAGUGAAUAUGAUUUUCUUUAACUUGUUCUUGGAGUAGAUACGUUAUCAACAUAUGAUAGGCUUCUUGAUAUUGAACUACCCUUGGCUUCAUGGAAUAAAUUUCUGCAGACCAAAUACUCCUGGAUUUUUAGUUUUCUGUUCUUUCUGGUCUUUGACAGAGGGUUCCUCAACCCUAGUCUCUAGUUAGAACUUGUCAGGCACAGGGGAAAGAAGCCCUAAGUAAUCCACAGGGACUCUUACGGGCUCUCUUACUCCCAGCUGUAAGACCUAUAGCUAUUUGGGUCUGGUAAAUCAAGUAAAUUGGAGUUGAGAAUGGAGGGAAAAGAGGGUGCUUUCUGGUCUCCAGCUUCCAGAAUCAUCCUCUGGUCCUUCUUUCUUUUGGUUAUUUUUCACCUUUUAUAUCAGUGACUAUUUAUUUUGCUUAGUACCAAAAAUUUACAUCAGAAUGGCUUCCUUAACAGAUUCUUUUAAUAAAUAAAAGAAUAAUGAAAUAGCAGCGUGUUCUGAUGUUUCUCUUUCCUUCCAUCCAGUCAGCCUUGUGUUUUCUGAAACCUAUUUGCAUUGUUUUCGCUAGUGAUUUUAGUGGCAAACCUCAGUGGUAACAGUCUUUUGCCAUGAAUUUCAAGUUUUUAUCCAGAGCCACAUAAUCGAUAUUUACAUUUCUGAUUGUCCAAGGGAAGCCCUGGAGGCCCAGCCACAUUUUACCAGUCUGGAAAAAUAAUUUAAAUAUCUAAUUAUAACUUCGUUUUAAUUAAAAAUCUCUUCCUGGUUGAUUUGGUAAUAGUCAAGGAUUCAAUAAUAUUUAAUCAUAAGAACCUCCUGUGGAUACUAAACAAAAAGGGGAUCAAGUUAGCAAAAAGAUCACUGGCCAUGAAGUUAGGAAGUGUCUGGGUACUAGUUUCAACUCUGCCACUGGCUUACAUGAACUCAGAUGAGGUUCUGACUAUUUCCUUUUCUCUGCUGAAAUGAGGUUGCUGAAGUAAAUGGUUGAGCUUCCUUUAAGUUUCCUUUAAGCUUUAACAUUCUGGAAAAAUUAAAUGGAAUGUUUGAGUCCUGCCCCCAAAAUAGCCUGUGAUUCUACUGUUUCACAACUCAGUACUCUUGCUGUCUGAUUCUGUAAGAAAACAAUUGCCAGUGGACUUUCAGAACUUUAUUGUCUGCUCCACUAUAGCAGUUGCCAUAGUAGGUCAGCUAUAGACUGAAUGUUCUUGGCUCCCCAAAAUUCAUAUGUUGAAACCCUAACACCACCCCCACCCCCAACAAUGUGAUGGUGUUUGGAGGUGGGGCCUUUGAGAGGAGAUUCAAGAUUCAAGGGGCCUCUCAAGGGGGUAGAGCCCUCAUGAAUGGGUUUAGUAUCCUUAUAAAAAAAGAUCAUAGAAAGCUCCCUUGCCCCUUCUGCCAUGUGAGGACACAGUGUAAGAUGACUGUGGAUUCUCACCAGACACCAAAUUGCCAACACCUUGAUCUUGGGCUUCCCAGUCUCUGGGACUAUGAGAAAUAAAUUUAUUGUUUAUAGGCAAUUCAGUCUAUGGUAUUUUUGUUAUAGUAUUUCUAAUGGACUGAGAUACUGUUCCUUUAAAUUGUUAUUUGUGAAAAUAAUUUUUAAGUCCCUAUAUCCCAUCUUUGUAAAUUCAUGUACCCUCUGAUGAGUUUCUGUAAGUCAUACCUGUCCAGGCAGUUUUCAAGUUCUUUCUGAAUUAUAAGACUAUAAAAACAUAAUUAGGUUUGGUCAUAUUAAAUUUGCUGGUAUCUGACAGUGUUUGAUUUACAAAUAGGCAAUUUCACAUGCAUCAACCUAAUAAUUAUGGGUGAAUUAAACUGUUACCAUACUAGGAUUUUACUUGAAAGGUCUUCCCAUCCAAAAACAAAUGCCUGUUGUUUUAUUAGGCAUUUGUUGUUUAGUCAAUCAGAAAUACCUUUGAAAGCCUGCUUUGUGCCGGCCGUGUGUUAAGGUCUUAUGGUUAUGCCCAUGAAUAAAAUACACCUGUUCUCUGGUUUGGGGGAAUCUACAGUCUAAUGAGGGAAACAGGCAAUUAACUAACCAUUUGGAAUAAAGUUGCAUGAGGGUUAUAGAAAAGAAGAUACAUAUUGUUGUGCAGCAAAUGACAAGGACUUCUCAUCUAAGGGUUCAAAAAGUUCUCUUGUUCAGAAUUAUCCGGGGAGGGGGAUUGUGGUGGUAGGAGAGGGGGGCAUGUGUGCAUGGCAUGUGUGAUGUUAAAAGUCAAGGGGAAAAGCAUGUUCUCAAGGGUGAUAAAGAGCUUGGCAGUUUCAGAGUGUGAAAGUUGGUAAAGUCAGAGAAGGUAGGUAGGAGCCAGAUCUUAGAAAGCUUAAAUAAGGCAUAUUUAAUAUCUCAGGCAAUAGGAAGUCAUUUUAAGUAGGCAAAUCAUAUAUUCAGGUUUGGAAGGCAGUAUGCAAAGUGAUUUAGUGUGUCCAUCUAAAGGUAGAUUAUCUUGAUUCAAAUCCUAGUUUUGUAUUCAGGCCAUUGACAUUGGGCAAUUUACAAUUAAACCUUUUGUUUCCUAUAUGUAAAAUGGGAUAAUAAUAGUAUCUUAUUUGUAGAGUAGUUAGAAUAGCUUAGAUAGUGCAUGAAAACACUUAGUACAAUUCAUAGCCCCUGGUAAGUAUAAAUUAACCACUUAGUUAUUGUUAUUAUUUAUAUUAUCAUUGAGUUAGAACGGAGUAAGAUUAAUUGCAGCAAAACCUAGUAAUUCAGGCAAGAGAUAAUUGUUACUUGGUUUGUUAUUGUUAUUAUUUGUAUUAUUGAGUUAGAAUGGAAUAAGAUAAAUUGCAGCAAAACCUGUUAGCAAUUCAUGCAAGAGAUAAUUGUCACUUGGUUUGUUUCAGUGGCAGAAGGGAUAGAGAAAGAGGUAACUUCUUGAGAGAAAUUUCACAGGUAGAAAGAAUCCUUGGCACUUGGUGAUUGAAUGAAUGUGCGAGAUGAGGGAGAGGGAGGGGAAUUAAAUUGGGUUUGGAAUGACAUCGAUAUAAAUACACCCACAUCAGCUGAACUAAAAUAAUUAAAUAAAUCAACAUUUAAAGCUCAUUUUUACUAAAUAAUAAGUGAUAGAUAAUACCCAGAAGUGAAUCUUACGAAUUUGAAGCACUGAGAUUGAUCCUUUUCCAUCUAUAAUAGAUAAACUGCUGAGGAGGCUGGGAGAAGAAUAAAUGUAAUUUGAACAAUCUUUUCUCUUUUUCGUUUGGUGUUUCCUUUCUCUUUUUGCCAUUUUUCAUUUUUAGUUCUGUGAUUUGGUUAUUUUAAUUUUUUAGUGUUAGGUUGAGCCAUAUAGAAGUUUCCAUUUUUGUAGAUCAGAAAAUAUUUAACCAGAAAUGAAAUGGUUAAAUAUUAACAAUUUCACAUGGUUCAUCUAGUUAUAUUCUCAUUCUGUAAAAAUUUUUAACUGGAGCUGUAGGUGUCUAUUUUGAAUUAAAUUGAGUACCAAGGCCAUCUGAAGGAAUGUUGCAGUGAUGGCAUAAGGACGAGUGGAGCUGAGCCCCAUGAAGUAGGUGACUUAACCUGGCAUCAUCUAUUCAGUGUGGCUCUGGGAGGGCAUCAUAUGGCCAGGUUUUUUGUUAGCUUUACCAAAAGGGACAUGUUAUAUAUUACUUUGGCUUUUUUUUUUUUAACCUGAUUGUAAAAAAUAGCACAUAGAAAUUAGCAAAUUCACAAAACAUAGAAAACCAUAAAGAAGAAAUUAAAAAUCACUUGUAAUCCCACUAUCCAGUGAAAAGUAGAAUUGAUUUUUAAUGCAUUUUCUUCCAGUCAUAUAUACAGAAAUACUCUUUUAUUAAAAAAAAUCAUGUGACUGCAUUAUUUUUAAAGGUAAAUGUAUGUAUAGAUUUUUAUGAGGACAUAGAUUUAUUGCUCCCCCUUGUCAUUAGUAAUUUGUCUCCUCUGGAGAAAAUGGUUUCCUUUAAUCCAAAACAAAACAUUUAACUUUUGACUGAUUAUUUUCUUUAAUUCCUAGUAUGAAUAUUUUGAUUAUAGCUCCUAGAGUGCUUUUACUAAAAUAGAAACAAAACGGAAAGAACUACUAUUGUACUAAUGGUAUUGUAACAGUUUGUGGUUUUCGUUGCAUUUUUAUAACAUUUUAAAUUCUUUAAAAUUAUCAGUUAAUAUAUUACCUGUUUUUAUCAUUGUAACUGUCUAGUUUCAUACAUGAGAAACCUGAGAUGGAAUAAGAAUAAGUUACAUGCCCAAAUUUACAAGUAGUUAAAAAAGCCUGGACUCUUGACUUUGGUGAAUGGUUUUUCCAUUUAUUGAAAUACAACUCUCAGGAAUCAUUCUUUUUUUAAUUCAGUAUUUAUUAAGCAGUCAAAACAUGGAAGUUCAAAAAUAAAGUCUAUGUCAAAUAUAUAGAAUACUGAGUAACCUGGUUUGGCUGGAGGGCAAGGUAUUUGGGGGUUUCGGUAUAGUGAGAUCAGACUGGAAAGGCAAUAGGAGCCAUUGAGUCUUCUUGAAUAAUGGAGUUCAUAAUAACAAUAAUGAAGCAUGUGCUAUUGGAUAUUUUAACAAGGCAGAAAUGAAUAGAUUAGAAAAAGGAACAAGACUAGAAGUCCAGACAGUAUUUAAUGAUAGCCUAAAGUAUUAAAAACUAAAAGGAGGAAAUGAAUUUGAGAGCCAUUAUAGAAAUAGAUUCAUAAGAUGUGGUAACUAAGAAUGGUAUAUUAAGGGAGAGAGUGGUCAAGAUGAUUUCUGAGUUCAUACCUGAGUGCCCGGGAAAAUGUGAGGAAAAAAGUAAAAGAGUCUUAUUUGGUGGGAAAAAAUGUAUUUAAUUUUGGUUAUGCUGUGGUUGAAGUCUCUAUAUGACAUCCAGGUAGAUGUGUGACUAGCAGGCAAAUUGUAGAAGGAAAGGGAACUCAGGAGUGAAGUCAAGUUUUGAGACAUAGGCAGAGAAAUUAUUUGUCUAGUGGGAAUAAUUAGUGCCAUACCAUCUUUCCUUCUUGCCUUACAUAUGUAUAGCCUCAAUGUAUUUGAGGAAGGCAGGGCAGCAAAGUGUCGAAAUAACUGUCAUUGCCCUUAGAACUGGGCAGUCACAAUAAGAGAGGGCACCUUAGGAUUCAGAAGAGCCCCAGCCUCAAGCAAUGCAGUAGGACUGGUGGGAAAACACAGACUAUUUAGGAAGGUUGUUUGAGGUUGUGUGAGAAGAAAGUAAAGUUAUAUACCCCCUGUGUACUAAGUAUUGGUAAGCCUUUUGUAUACACUAUCUGCUUUAUUUCUCACCAACGUCAUGAAAUAGGGAGUGUGAUCCUCAUUUUACAGAUGAUGAAACUGAGGCUAAGAGAGGCUAAGUAAUAUUAGAGCAAGGAAGCAAGGAUUUGAGCCAGAUGGGUGUUCAGUGCCAUGGGUCUUUUUGCUGUGCCACACUUUGCCAUCUUUUCCAAUAAGACCUGUCAAUUACAGCUAUCAAGCUUAUGCUCAGUAGGUUUUUUGAGUUCCUUGCCUUCGUGUAGUAAGCACAGCGCUUCAGAUCUUAAAAUGUAAUUGAGUGACCAUUGCCUGCAAUGAGAAAGCAUGUAUGUGAAACAGAUGAAAAAUGAAAGUUGGAUCACAUAACAUAUAUCUCCAUCCAGGUGUGCAGACCUUCUGGAAUGUUUACAAAUGUCAACAUUUGUUUAUUUUAUUUUACUCUACUGAGUUAUGUGAAACUUUACUUAGAAGGAUGAAUUGAGAGACCAAAGAUACCUGGAGGAAAAGACAAUAAAAAUACACAUUUCUAAUUAACUAAAAAUUGUCAUAAUUUGACACUCCCAAUUAGCUGAAAAUUGUCAUCACUUAUGACAUCACCUGAAGAGCCACAAUAAAAUCCCAAUUUGCCUUGUGUUAAGUAAGCACAAACAAGAUUGUAUAUUCUAAGAUACAAAGCUAGUUUGUACCAUGAAACUUCCUGCAAUUUUCAAACCUGGGUGGAAGUGGGUGCAUUUUCUUGUCCAUCUUUUGUUUGUAUAUUUGUGUACCACUUCUCAGCAAACUAGAAGCAAGUAAUGGCAUCUCAAAACGAUAGGAUAGUGUCAAAUACAGGAACAAUGUAAUUCCUCUUUGUGUGUGCUGUUUCUGCAAUAUUCAGAGUAGAUGGGAUUUUCUUUAUUUUUUCUCUUGAAAACCUAAUUUUUGUUUGUUGUUUUGGUCACGUUUCUUAAAAUAGAUCCAUAUUUAGUGAAUCAUGAGAGAAAAUUAAUGCUAAAUAUGUAGCCUUCUAGCUAGAACUUCUUGUGCUGAAUUGUGAUUCCUCAGUUGUCACGCACUGUUAACACACUUUCAUUCUUUAACAUUGCUCUUUGUUCUAUGGGAAAUGCUACAAGAAAGUAGGAAUUUCCUCUCACCAUUACCCCUCUGGCAGUGUGUUUCAAUCUAAUUCCUGGCUUGCUGUCUGUCCUGCUUACUACCUCUUCUCCUUACUAGCAGUCUAAAUUCUGCUUCAUCUACUAAGAGGGGGAUUCCAGACAGACGAGGAAACAGCCUGCAAACACUGCCCUGCAGGCAUAUUAAGUUAUUCCCCCACUGUGCAGUCUGGAAAUCAGGGAGCACCUCUCUGGCAAUGAAUUCUAAUGAGCUGCUAAAGAUGCCGGAGUGUGUGCGCACACAGGCGUUUUCUUUCCCCUCCCCCGCCUCUUCCUUUUCCCAAGCCCCUCUUCUCCCUAUGUCCCCUCCUACUCCUUUAUCCCCUCCCUCUGUGUCUCAUUUCUGCAGUAAACGGGGCUGAGGCACAUUCCUGCUUUGCAAGGCUUUCUGUUAAGGUGUUCUGUGGCUUUUGUUUGGAUCGCAGCAUGCUGAGUUACAGCUGUUCAGAGGAGACUCAUUACAACUCCUGCUGAAGUCCUAAUCUUCCUCCCUUCCCUUCUGCCCCUACCCCGUACCCUCAUUGGCCUGAAGACAUUGUACAGAGUUUGCCUUACUCCCCUGGUGCUAUGUGUAUGGUAAACCUGGUACUAUGGCCGCAUCUCGGACUGGCCAGACAACUGCUGCUGGUUCUCCCUAUUCCAAGAAGGAUUUAAAGGGGAAUUGCACUGCAGGCAAUGCAUCAGAGCAGCAGCAUCGGGAGCUUGGGGACUAAGGCUCCUCGGGCAUUAUUACAGACACACAGAGCUGACCGCAAUGACAGCAGCUGCUCCUUUGAACUGUUGGCAGCAGCCAAGCGGCAGCAUGAAGUGAGAGAUCACUCCUGAGCUCAAGAUGAACUCUACCUUGGAUGGUAAUCAGAGCAGCCACCCUUUUUGCCUCUUGGCAUUUGGCUAUUUGGAAACUGUCAAUUUUUGCCUUUUGGAAGUAUUAAUUAUUGUCUUUCUAACUGUGUUGAUUAUUUCUGGCAACAUUAUUGUGAUUUUUGUAUUUCAUUGUGCACCUUUGUUGAACCACCAUACUACAAGUUAUUUUAUCCAGACUAUGGCAUAUGCUGACCUCUUGGUUGGGGUAAGCUGCCUGGUCCCUUCUUUAUCACUCCUCCACUACCCGCUUCCAGUAGAGGAGUCCUUGACUUGCCAGGUAUUUGGUUUUGUAGUAUCAGUUCUGAAGAGUGUCUCCAUGGCCUCUCUGGCCUGUAUCAGCAUCGAUAGAUAUAUUGCCAUCACUAAGCCUCUAACCUAUAAUACCCUGGUUACGCCCUGGAGACUGCGUCUGUGUAUUUUCCUGAUUUGGCUAUACUCCACCCUGGUCUUCCUGCCUUCCUUUUUCCACUGGGGCAAACCUGGAUAUCAUGGAGAUGUGUUUCAGUGGUGUGCGGAGUCCUGGCACACCGACCCCUACUUCACCCUGUUCAUCGUGAUGAUGUUAUAUGCCCCAGCAGCCCUCAUUGUGUGCUUCACCUAUUUCAACAUCUUCCGCAUCUGCCAACAGCACACAAAGGAAAUCAGCGAAAGGCAAGCCCGCUUCAGCAGCCAGAGUGGGGAGACUGGGGAGGUGCAGGCCUGUCCUGACAAGCGCUAUGCCAUGGUCCUGUUCCGAAUUACUAGUGUAUUUUACAUCCUCUGGUUGCCAUACAUCAUCUACUUCUUACUGGAGAGCUCCACUGGCCACAGCAACCGCUUCGCAUCCUUCUUGACUACCUGGCUUGCUAUUAGUAAUAGUUUCUGCAACUGUGUCAUUUAUAGUCUUUCCAACAGUGUCUUCCAAAGGGGACUAAAGCGCCUCUCAGGGGCCAUGUGUACUUCUUGUGCGAGUCAGAUGAUAGCUAAGGACCCUUACACAGUUAGGAGCAAAGGCCCCCUUAAUGGAUUUCAUGUCUGAAGUGGUUCAGAUAUUGGGUCACUGUGGUGUGUGUGUGUGUGUGUGUGUGUGUGUGUGUGUGUGUGUGUGUUUCCUUUUUAUCUUUUUGUAUUUCUAGUUCACUGGGAAAUAUGGGACAAAAUAGUUUGACUCUAAGCAAUAGUUAACAAAUGAUCCAUCCAAAAUACCUUUUAAGUUUGCAGAAAUGAUUUUUUUUAAUGCUUUCGAAUGAGAAGAAUCAGGACCACGAAGAUAAAUUGCUCUUCGUUCCUAUUUCCAUAAUGUCAUGGAAAUGACUGUAUUUAAUUCUCAGACUUAAAAUGAAUAAAGCCAUAUCUAACACCUCUCUCCAGCUGGCAUGACUGAACCUGGGUGUGAAAAGCGUCAGCAUUUUUAAAAGUCAUCAUUUUCUUGUUGCUUUUCUGGGUUCUUUCCAGCUGUUUGAGCUUCAUGUACAAUUGAUUUCUUUUAACAGGAAAUAUUAAAAUACAGUGAUGAAUUAACAGGGUUUUAAAAUUUUCUUUACAUCUGUCAAAGUGUAACUACCCUGCAGGUUUCCACACUGUCAUUCAGAAAGUCAAAUGUUUUAUGUCUUAGUCUCUUGAGAGAAUUCUCAAUACAGUGAAUAAUGUGAAAACUUAAAAAUUAAUUUAAAAUUUGGGGGGACUUCCCUGGCGGUUCAGUGGUUAAGACUUUGCCUUCCAAUGCAGGGGGUGUGGGUUCAGUCCCUGGUUGAGGAGCUAAUAUCCCACAUGUCUCAUUGCCAAGAAACCAAAAAACAUAAAAGAGAAGCAAUAUUAUAACAAAUUCAGUAAAGACUUAAAAAAAAAAAUGGUCCACAUCAAAAAAAAAAUCUUAAAAAAUAAAUUUAAAAAAAUAAUAAAAUUUUUGCAUUGAACCAUGAAGCAAAAGUGCAGUCAAAUCAUAUAAUUUAUAGAAAAACUAAGCUGUAUUUUAUGCCAUGCUUCACUGAGACCUAAACAAAUAUGUAUACUGAAAGUGAUUGUGUUGUAGUAUUUUUGCCCAAGCCUUUGUGUAUGUGUGUAUUGAGAAUAUUUGAAUUGAGUUAGAUUUCUCUUUUACAGCAAAAUGCAUUUAAAUAAGCUGAAAAAUAAUUAAAUGAUAGGCUGAUGGCUGCCGUUUUUAUAAUGGUGAAAAUACAUUGAAAAGUGUCUUUAGUCUUCUCUGCUCUUUUUAGCUAGAGACUUUCUGAAAUACUAGAAUAUCAGGAAGAAAGGUCCUAGGCAACUGAGUCAGAAAAUACAAUGUACAUUUAGCUAGUUCAUUUUUAAAAUAGGAGGGGUUGAUUGAGAUGGUCUCUUUGUGAUUAAAUGGUAUCAUCUAAUAAAGUAGUAACUAAUUCUUUUUAAAAGCAUUCUUUCAGUUAGUGUUAAGGAAUCCAUAUUUGAAUGAGAGAAGGAGAAAUUCUAAUUCUCUCUCUAUUGCUAUUCUCUUUCUGGGAAAAAAAAUCCUUGGAAUACUGUUCCUUUCCUAAAUAGGCUUUUUUUUUUUUUUUAAGCCAAAGUACUAGCAAAAUCUGUAGAAUUAUUAAUUGAGAGUGCUGUGUAUCUGUAUGUAGAGUGAUGUUUUGUUCCUAAAAGUAAUUAUGUUUAGAGUGAGAGGUUUAUUUUUCUAAAAGGAGAGAAGGAUUUCCCAGCAGCUUCAAGCAUGAAAGUAUUUCCUCUGCUCUUCUACUGGUUUUAAUGUUUUAGAAGUCUUCAGGGAACUUGUAUGAUCUCUGCCUUUGGCUAGAUGUUGUAAUCUGAAUGUGACAGUGGUGUUCAGUGAGAUUGAAGAUAGAAGAAAACCAAGGGAAAUGUGGAUUUUUGAGUCCAAGGAAGGACAUAGAUAUUUAUAAAACAGGCAGAUAUGCUUUGGUUUUCCAUCAUCAUAUUAGAAAACCUCCUACCCCCUUUUAAAAUAAAAGAUGGCAUUCUUAUGAUUUUAGGUUUUAGAGAUUGAUUUGAUUUUAACCUCAAAUGUAUUCUACUUAAACAUUUUUAUUUUAAGAGAACAAGUAUGAAUAUAAGCAUUUAAACUUCAGAUUCUGAGUUCUUCCCAAAAGCUUGCUUGCUCUUUAUAUUUAGUAUUAGAAAAUUUGAUUCUAAGUUGUUUCAAAAUUUAGAACUCAUAUUGGAAUUGCACGUUAUGUUAGCAGUGGCUUUGUUAAGUUGCCAUUUGAAGUAGAAAACCUUUUCUGUUAGAUUCUGAAAAAAAGCUGUAUACAAUUCCCCUUUAUUUAAGUGGCACAGAUCUAAGAAAACAAAAUUCCCUUUUUUUCAUAUAUAUCAGAGAAUGUAACCUGUCCAGAUUUGCACAGUUUGCUUGUCAAUUUUUAGUUCAGAUAUGGGACUCAUGAAGAUUAAUUUUUAUGGAAAACUGAUGUUAAAUCAGUAGAUUUUUUGUGUGCGUGGGGGUACUGAGCCCUUUUAAUUUUUUCUUGCAGUAGGGUUCCAUUUUAGAGAAAACAAAAGUUUUUGGAAAAGAUUUUGUGGGAAUGUUACGGAAAUGAGGAAAUCUCUGUUUAAUUUUCUGGAAAUGGCUAAUCAAGCUGAGCUUUCAAUGACUGGAAGGCAACAACUCUUUUAAUAAGAGCUUUUGUUAGUAGAUUUUUAUAUUUUUGCCCUAGUACCAAAUUUAGAUGCCAGAGGGUUUUUUUUAUUGGUUUUUUUUUUCACGUUAGAACCUCUCAGCCUAAAACUAAAGUAGGAACUAAGUAGAUAUAGUAACUUUAAAGAAAAAUAAAGCAUUCCUCCCCAGCUGAUACUUAAUAUCAGAUGUCUUUCCAGUUUAUCUUGUAGUCAUUGGACUUUAUAAACUCUAACGUUUCUUCCAGGUAUCAAUUCUAUUCUCAUAUUUCAUUGUCUGUACUGCUUUAAAAUUUUUGUUUUCUUGUGGUGUGUGUAUCCUGGGGAGAAGGGUUGUGUUUGAAUGCAAUCAUACAAUCUUCUGUGGCUGGGGGCAGUUUCUAUGUGGUGCAUUUGGAGAGUUUGUAUUUAAGUAACCUUUUCAUCCUUGCAUAUUUAGUGCAACAUUUAAUGACGUUUUAUUUAAAUACCAAUCUGACUAGUUCAGAAUGAGAAAAAGUAUAUUUUUAGAGUCAGUUACCUUAGGCUUUGACAAGACAGCCCAUUUAACUUUAUAUAGUAUAUGGCUGAUAUCAGAGGAAGCAUAAGCUUUUGGUGACUGUGUUGAAAUUAUUUCACAGUAAAUUUUAAAAUAAGACUAUAGUAAUUGUUAUAUUUGUAAUUAGUUGUGUUUUUAUACAAUGAUUUCAGUGAAGGUGUGUUUUUUUCCUCUUAGAGCGGAAAAGCAAUUACAAAAGGACAAGUGCUCCACUUUAAUGAAAGAAUUAUCUUUCACCAGAAUGGAUAUUUGAAUUUUUCAUGGACCUGUUGGCUUUAACCCUAAAUUCCAUUUUGGAAAGAGUUUUAUUUAAGGUUUAUUGCUGGAUAAAUAUGUUUUUGAGCCUUUUAUAGUGGCUUUCCCUUUUUACUUGAAUAAUGGUCUCAGUAUUUUAAGGAUUGGGAAAACUUGAAUUUUUGUACUAUUAAAUGCAUUUACUGUUCACCUCUUUGAACUUGAAAAUGAAGCAACAGGGUUACAAGUUCCCAGAUGGUAGAGUGAUUUCUGGGAGUUUCCUCAGCUUUGCAGGUUUGAUUAAAACAUCUGCCUUUGAUGGCUUUGUAGGAAUUUUACUGACUGUGUUUUUGAAUCAUAAAAGAUUUGUGAAAUAAAUUAUUGGCAAACCAGAAUUUCUUGCUAUAUGAGGAAAUUUGGGGAAGUUUAAGGAUGGGGGAGAAUCAUGGAACUAUAAACUUUUUUUAAAGUCUUCAUAAGUCAUUAUUUGUGUUGAUUUUUGCAUAAUUUUUCCAUUUCAGGUUACUAAAUAUUUUAUAUUAAAUGUACAUAUUAUUAACGUAUUUUGCAGACCCAAGGAAUAUUCUAGACAUUUCUUAUGGCUGUAAAUGAGUCACUUGGCUUUUCUUCAAAAUUUGGAUGAUAAUGGAAUCAUGAUAUGUAAAAUGAACUUUGAACUGCGAAUCUAGGUUUCUGUUACUAAUUAACUCGUUUUGUAAGGGCUGGUCGCUUCUCUAAGCACUUAAUUUCUUCUAUUUAUAAUAAUCCUUUCAUCCUUCACAGGGUUACUUUGAGGAUUGAAUUAGAUAACGGAUGUAAGAGAACUUUGUAAUAUGUAAAGUGCUUUGAAAAUAAAAAUGAUUACUGUUAUUUGUAUCUGCCAUAGCUUUACAUCUAAGGAAGCUGCAUAUAAUGUGGCGCUCCCCCCCAUAAGAUCUUUGAAGGUCAAUGCUAGGUGACUAUUCCAUGCUACUUAGCAAUCCCAAAAUAACAGUAACUUUAAAUUCAACAUAAAACUGUUACAUUUACUCUCUUUACUUGUUUCCAAAGUCUCUAAAGGCAGGGACAAUGUCUCUUCAUACCUUUAACCCCCAAAUCUAACAUAGGACCUGGCUUAGAGCAGAAGUUUUAGUAAGUUUUACGGAGUUAAUGAAUGAGCCUUUCUAAUUAUUACUUCUAGUCACUAUUAUUCUUCUAGUCAUUAUAGAGCAGUGAUGUUCAAAGGGUAGUCCAAAGCCCAUAAGCAGUUUUUCAUUUGAUCAAAGCCAUUCUAGACUGUAUAUAAUAAAUAUCUCUUUUCAGUACCAAGAGACUACUGUGGGAAUGUGUGUGCUUUAUAUGCUAGGUAACUUUACUCCUGGAAACUGUGUAGCCUCGGCCCAGGGAACUUCAGGCAGUGCUGUCAAACUGCCAAUUUCUCACAGCAUGGGUAAGAUCUUGGCUCUAGAUGCAGAUAAGAUAGGCUGUAAAAAUCAGUCACUAUGAAAGAGGAGCAAUAGAAUAGGAUAGCUUGGUGAAAGAAAUGGCUCUAAUUCUUUGGUUUUGCUUUUUCUUUCAGUCUUUACCACUUUUCUAGCUCUAUCUUCCCUUUCUUUCUUUUCUUAACACACUGUUGGUCAUGUAUUCAGAGUGAAGUGCUUAUCAUACUGCUAUAGGGUAUGGAAAAUUGUAUUAUGCAAUGACUGGCUUUUUGGAAAAGUUUAAGAAGCAAUCAGGAAGCGCUUAUGUAGCAAGCUCUACUAGAUGCCAGGUAGUAUAGCUAGCUGGCCUCAGAGAUUUAAAGAAGGAUCACAUGAUUCCUUUCUUAUGGAACUUUAUAGUUUUCAGAUGUUUCAUAUGGAAAAAUUCUGUGAUCUGUCUUUCAAAAAGCUUCACAGAGUGACUUUAUCAGGAGGAAUUUACCAAGGCCUACUGGUGGGACAGUUGGCACACCAUGGGUCUGUUUCUUGGGUGGGUUCAUUAUGCCAGUAUAUAAAAUCAUAAUGUCACUUCAUUAGUUUAAAAUAAGAAAUCAUUGUUGGCAAUAGGGAGCAGUCUUUCUCUAUUGGUAGAUCUUCAUGGGAAGCCAAACCAUAUUCAGAAUGUUGCUUAGUGAGGAUGGAAUCUUAGAAUAUGGUUCUGUAAUGUGAAAAUUUACUGGUAUAAGACUGAGCCUGAUGUUCCAUCUCUGAAAUCAGAAAACCUGGUCAUUGGGAUCCUAAUAAAAGUUGAAAUCAUCUGUGCUUCCAGUACUGACCAACCUACCUUCUAAUUGACAUAUUAUUUCUUUAAAUUAACUUCUUUUGUUACUUUUAGUAAAAUUCCUUGCGUGUUUUAACAGUCUUACAAGCUUGCUAACUCAUUCUCUCUCUUUUUGGUGGUUUUAUAUAUCACUUUUACCAUGAAACAUUGUUUUCUGAUGUAGUAUUCAAAGGGUGGCCUUACUACUUUGUUAGUUUGGGGAAGCAACUCAUCUUGGUUUUCAUGGAGUGAAUAUAUACUGUGUAGUUGGAAAAGCAAGAUAUAUGAAAAUACCUAUAAAAAUUAACAGUAUCAGUCAGGUAAUUAGAUUAGAGACAUUAAAUUUUUGAAAGUCAGAUCAUCCACAAAGGAGAUAGGGAGGGACAUUUGAGCUGUAGAAGACCUUAGAGAUCAUUUGGUCUGAUUCUCUCUUUUUAUAGUCAGGAAACCAGUCCAGUGGCCACACAGCCAUUUAUGAUAAUACCCAGACUUCCUACUUCCUAAUCUAUCAUCCAUUCCUAUUAUAUCUUGUUGCUUUUGCAGAGGAGUGGGAGUUUGCCUUCACUCAGCCAAGCCCUGAAUAAGACUUAAAUAGGCUGAUAUGAGGUGUUUGUUCUUGUGUGUGUAAUUUUAUGUGUAGAAAGCAUUAUGGGCAAUGAUAUAAAUGUUAACUGAGGCUUGUUAUGUUUCAGAAGAAUUUUAUAAACUUUGUCCUGUUUAAUCCUUCUGAUGCUCUAUGAGCUAGUGACUAUUAUUAACCCCAUUAAAAAGAUGAGAAAACUGAGAUUGAGUUGCCAGAGACAAACAGUUAAUAAGUGGAAGAUCUGGGAUUCAAACCCAGGUCUUUCUGACUUCAGAGCCUACAUUCUUACCUCACAUAAUUCUCACGGAAACCUAUCAGGCAGUUUUUAAAUUUUUUUUAUAACUCUGUUUUACAGGUGAGGAAACUUAGGCUUAGAGAGAUUAAGAAACUUUUGUCAAUAUAUCAACUAACUCCCAUACUUGGAAAAUAUGUGACAGACUUCCUACUAAAUAUAGCAGAUUUAGUAUGCAUAUUUAUUUCUGUUAACUCCACUAUAAAGAAUGACAAAAGUAUAAUACAUAUGGACAAAGAGAAGAGCAGAGCUGAUGGCAGAUGAAUGAAGCUAACAAAAUUUGGGGUUAUGGAAACCCAGUGGACAAGUGGUAACUGACUCAGCAGAAUUGACAAAGCUGAAUUUGGGGGAGGGGCAGAGAGGAUCUGCCAGUAAACCCAGUAAAUAUGUGGGAAUUAGACUUCUGAUAUGCCUCUCAGGCAGAGAGUAGUAUGAAGCUGAAAACUGAAGAAUUGUUAGAAAGUUUAUUGAAGGCACGUUUAGAUACCGUCACUCAUCCCCCCACCCCCACACUCCUCCACUGUACACCACCUUGAUCCCCAUCCAAGUUAGCCCUAGCAGACCAGUGGUUUUUCAGCAUCCCAGCAGAAGAUGGGAGACUUACUCUUUGGAGUUUGAACCACAGGCGUUCUGGAUGCCAGGCAUAGCUGAGAAUGGGACUGAGACACCUUGUUGAAAACAAGAGUAUCAAGAGAAAGUCUGCUUAUUAAAUAAUCAGUUUCCCUUUCCCACUACACUCCCAGAAUGCUCUUAGCCUUAAACCUUCUAAGCAGGAGAUAAGAGGAGUCUAGUCUGGGGGCCAGUAUCUAAGGGCUCUCAGUUCCGACAGUCCCUGCCCAGUCACGUUAAGUUGAUGCCCAUCAGUCAGCGAAUCCUACCCAUGCAUAUAGAGCUUCCAAUUAGUUUUUUGUUCCUUAUCUUUUAAUAUCAACAGUUAACCAGAGAAAGUCUUAUGAAUAGACUUGAGAAAAUGUAUUAUGAAUGCACAGAGCCCAAAACAAAUCAGAGGGAACAGAAACAAGUCAUAGAAGAAAACUUCAAAAAAAAAACCCAGUAUUUGUAACUAAUAUUUUCAGAGAAGAUUUUGCAUCCAUUAAGGAAAAAAGGAUGCCAUAAAAAAAAAAGAGAACAAGAAAGCUUUUGAGAUUAAAAAUAUAAUCAGACAUUUUUAAAAAUUAGAAAAGUUGGAAGAUAAAAUUGAGGUAGAGCAGAUAGUGAAACAAAAGACAAUAAA